GUGCGCUCACUACGGUGUCCGAGGAGGGACCGAGCGAUAAUCCUUCCGCCUUUCAGGCCGCUUGAGUCCGCUAGGAAAUAUAAACUAAGGGGUGCUUUAUGGAAACACAGGAUGUUCACGAUACAUGCACAUGAACUGAUUAAAUCCAUAGUGAUUUACCUAUAAAAUAUAAAUGGCGUUUCACUUUUUAUUUUUUUUAUUGUCACUUUAUAAUUACAUUUUACUCUAUCCGGAAGUAUCGUUUUUUCUCCGUUGCCUGACAUACAUAUUGUGGAUACAUAUUUGUAUACACUAAGCAUUUUCUUACAUGUUACCGUGUUAUUAAAUUAUAAAGCCGUCAUCCACUUGUUCCUUCUGCGUCGCUCUGACAGCGGUUGCCAUGGCAACCGGGACGCCUGGUCGUCUCCGUGGGAGACGCGUCAACAGGAACGGCCCAAACGUUCAAUGAUGUAGCAGCAGCUAAACGUGCUAAAGAAUAGUUUUACACAUUUUUACCGUUUUGAGGGACUUGAAUUGUUUCUUUUUCAUGUUGAAUAUAUAUAUAUAUACACAUAUGUAUAUAAAUAGCUAAAAGUAAUUUAGAUCCAGUCUAGAUGGAAGCCCUUGGCGCAUCCUCCGUUGAGCAACUGAGGGCUCUCUCCACCUUGUUAUCAACUCAGCAGGAUGAUGGUGAUGAUGAAGACUAUAAAAAUGUGGCUGCUUGUGCAGGUCUGGGUCCCGGACACAUCGGCCCCCCACCCAAAAGGGACAAAGAAGUGUCCACCGGGGACGGGAAGCAGGACAGCAAAGACAUCUGGAGCGAGGAGGAGGUGGGUGAAGGCUCCCAGUACGAUGAUCCCGCUGACCCGCGGCCCCCACCUGAGUUUGAAGUAAUCCUGAAGCAGAGUGUGGCGACAGAGGACUUGUUCUUGGGCCUCAACAGAAAGGACCCGUCCUCCAUGUGUUGUGAAGCCAUGCUGGUGAAGAUCAAGCUACCAGAGACAGAAGCAACGGACGUGGUCCUGGAUGUCAAAGAAAAGUUCCUUGAUCUGCGGACGCCGAAAUACAAACUGGGUCUUCAUCUCCCACAUCCGAUCCACAGCCAGGGGGGGAAGGCUCGGUUCUUCAGCGAGAGGGGGGAGCUGGAGGUGACUCUGCCGAUGAAGCGCCCCAUGGACCUCAUCAACAUGCAAUGAGAAGGACCACGACUACUAAGACACUGUGGUUGGACCCCGAGCUUGUGUACUUUUUGUCACGCGUCUCGUCUGAUUCUAUGAGUGUUCAAAUGUGCUUUCAGAAUAA